AUAACAAAAAAAGUAAUAACCUGUAGGCUGUACAUUGUACAAUGGUCAAUGUAUACACCUACAGGAUUAAUUAUAGCACAAUAUUUAAGUGUAUAAUAAAUCUAUGAACAAUACUUUUAGAGCUGGUAAAUCCUACAUGCUAAAAGUAGGUACGAGCAAAUGUAAUAAUAUUAUAAUCGGGGUUUUCACGAUUUCUAGUCAAUCGAAUAAAUAAGAUUGUUGAACGUUUUCUAACUCGAAGUUAUGAAAUUUUCAAGCCUAAGCAGGUGAUCUUAUACAAUACAAAAUGUGGAAUGGAAUAACAAUUGGUUACAGCUCAGCUGACGAAACCAUAAAUUUCGGCACUCGAGCUGUAGCUAUAGGAGAUAGUCGGAUUUUCGAAACUACUACUUUAGCUACCAUUAAAAAAUCCUGCGAUACAAUAUGUUCUUCGAGAGACGACCUGAAGAUCAACUCUAUGUGCACAGCCGAUAUGCUCUACAUUUCUGCUGGUCAGUCCUUUGCUGCAUUCAACACGGGUGUCACAGAGAUUAUCCAGACUUUUGGAUUUCCUAAUAAAAUAAUAGAUGCUAAAAUAUCAUCCGACGGAUUUUAUUUGGUGGUUUUACUACUCGACUGGACAAUAUACUGUUGCUCAUUCGUUAAUCCUAAAAUUAUUUUUAUAAAGAGAGUAUCAAAUAAUCCUCGAUGUUUACCAUCUGAAGAAGAAAUCCCAGUGGGAUUAUUUUUCAUUCACAGUGACAACAAGUUUCAUAUUAGGGUCAUUACAUCCUCUGGUUUUAUAAACGAGUUUAAAUGUGAAGAUGUACAAGAGCUGACUGAACAUUCUAACCAAGACUUUGAUUUGAAAAAUACUGGAAAUCUAAUAACAUUGAAGACAUACGAUAUUCAUGAAAAUGUAAAAGCUGUAUGUGAAAUGAAUAACGGUAUAUUAAUAGCAGGCGACAGCAUUUGUCUCUACGAAGGUGAAAAUAUGCGUUCUAAAGAAUUUUUGUUCCCAGAUAACUAUAAAAUAAAAAAAUUUGUUUUCACUCAAGAUAAGGGUUUCAUUAUCUGUUUGACUGAGCUGAAAACUAUAAUGUUAAUAUGUGGAUUUACAUUUAUACCGAUUAAAGAAUGGGAUGAAGUGUCCAUCGCAGACUUUACUAUAAUGCAAGAAAUGGAAAUUACAAGCCUUCUUUUGUUGACUGACGAAAAACAGCCAAAUUUACUUUUAGUAACGAUGCCAGAUUUUAAAACUACAUUUAAGCUUCCGACGUCACCACUAACUUACCUAGUCGAUUGUCCUGGAACAUCUGAUGGGGUACUUUAUUUGGAAGCACACGGCGAUGACGACAUCAAUACUUUACACGUAAAAAUAAUAUCUGAAGGUCAACCCGACUUGAGGCUAGCGCGAAUGCUGAGACGAGGAAAAUACGACGAAGCACGGAAUUUUGCUGCUGCAUUUAAUCUUGAUCCGGAAAUGGUUUACAAAGAACAAGUUAAAGGACUCAUGAGCAAGUUGGACGUUUGGCACCCCGAAAAAGAAGGCAUGCAUGAAGUUUUCAACGAAAUGAUUGAAUACUUAAACAAAAUAAAAGAUCAUUUAUUUGUGGGAUAUUGUGCUCUAAAUACGAUUGUACCUAAUUUCGCUCUUUGUAGAAAACUAUUGAGGUAUGCUCUCUCGAGAAUGAAGUCAUUAUUUCAAGAAUAUAGCAAUGGAAAAUCACUUGUCGUACUAGACCAAUUGCAGUUGACACUGCACAAGUUAGAUACGUUUUGUCUGUUAUACAAUGUAUCCGACGGUUCAGCUAUAUGCUCUAUCGAGGACACAGAAUUAUGGCUUCAAUUUUCCAAACAGGACGUCGAUAGUAUUUUCUUAAACCUCAUACAAAAAAAUCAGUUGGGUGACGCCUUAACUGUCUGGAGUCGUCAUAUGAUUGAAAUAAAAAAGGGCAUUAAUGAAGAUUCAAUUGAUGAAUAUUUUUCGAUUUUACCAUUGUCGGUGAAUAUUUCAGAGCUCAAGCUGUGGAUAUUAAAUUUUACCUCAACAACCCUUACCAUGUUCUAUGACGAAACUAUCACUGCAAUGGUUUCAUACAUUGAGAGUAAAGUGAGAUGGAACGAGUUGUACUUGCAUUUGGAUUGGAUCGAUCCAAGUAUAGAAAUUUGCCGUUACUUUUUGACUAUUAUUAAUCAAGUUGUGGCGUCGCCACUUUGUUUGAAUAUUUCAAGACCGCCAGAAUCUCAAGAAAUACUAAUUUUGCUAAUUAAAUACUUAGCCGAACUAAAAGAAUUGAAGGAUAAUUUUGGUAUAAAAAUUGCCUUGGACGAUUACGAACUAGCGCACGAAGAUAAUAAUUAUUCCGAACUUUCAUUUAUGAUUUUGGAUCAGAUUCAGUUGAAUAAAUUCUCUGACUUCAUCGCAUCAUUCUGGUCAGAUUUUACACUUCAAAGAUUUUUAAAUUCUGAUGAAAUAUUAUCCGCAUAUAUCAAGAAUAUUGUAAGUCAAGUGGAUUGCUGGUGGUCGUGGGAAGAGAAAGCAAUUUUACUUCUUGAUUUCAUAUCAAAUAAGGAGGUUAAAACCAAUUGCGUUUUAAGUAUUUUGAAAGCUGCCAGUAUUCCGUGGUCAGAUCUUAUAAUAAAACUCUGUGAUGAAACGUUACAAACCGACGUGAAUUCUGAGACCAUCAAAGAUAUAGAAGAAGUGAAGAGUUCACUCACCAGCAAAUUAAUAUUAAAGAGUUAUAAUAUGGUGUUUACAAAUAUUACUCCUUACAUAAUAAUUAUUGCUGUUCAGAAUAUCUGUGUUCAAAAUCGUGCUACUGUAUUUGAUGACUUGGUGAAGCUCAUUAGUACACAGUCUGAAAGCGUACAAAUAGAGGCAUAUGAGAUUUACGUUAAAUUUCUAAUAGAAUCCGGCUUUACGGAUAAAGCGAUUGAAUCGAUUACUAAUCCUCAAGUAAUACCCAGUUCGAUUGUACAGAGGAUAUGCACUUCGAUAUGGAUCACGUACGAUAGUUUGAGACAUAUGCCUCUAUUUGCAGAAGAAGUGUCCAAGUAUUUUGAAGUCUUAAAGUUUUUAGCCAAAAGCCCUAGCGUGGAUAUACGUCCUGAAUGUCGACACAACGCCAACAUAUUGAUUAAUAUUCAUCAUAUAAAAAAUGAAUUCAAUAUUGAAUGUCGCUUAUCUGAGUUCAACAAUGACGAAAAACUUUUAAAGAAAUGUGUCACUUUGUUUCUGCAAGAUGAAUGCUGCAGUAGUAUGAACAGUUCUGUCAUCCAAGCAAAACUAUCCAGAUUGUCUUAUUUGUUGUUGGAGACUUUUGAACGUGUUGUUAUACAGUUUGUGAAAGAAUCAAUAUUACAGAACAACGUCGAGUUUGUGUGUUUGUUUGGCCAGUUCAUUCUCACGUUUGAGGAUGUCAGUAGUGAACUUGCCGACCACUUACUGACUUUAGGAGAGUUAUUAGUGUCGAAAUACGAUCCCGUUUCCCAGGCGGCUUUUAAAAUACCGUUAUGGACUCUGAUUAGGAAGAUCACUCAAUUUGUCACUGUCAACUGUCAAUCGAGUCUUCUAAUGAGAGCCGUAGAACUGAGACAGUGGGCCGAGCCGUUCUAUUUAACUUGCGGAGAUGUGAUGAGUAGUGACAAUAUAGAUCUUGGAUUAGCGUAUUCUUGGAGGAACGCCAUUAUAGACAAGAAUUCUAUUCACACAGAACUUUUCGAACAGUUUGAACUCUACAGUUCUUUUUUGCAUUCAUUAAGUCCAGAUUCUCCAAUGCUUUGUUACAAAAAACCAGACGUAAUGAGUUCAUUUGAUAGUUCACCAUCGCCCAACACUGUUAUGUCUUCAUUAGAAUAUUUUCAAGGACAAAAUCUGAUAGGUCUUCACAUAACCGUUACACAAAUAAUGUGCUUGUAUCGAGCUAUUCUGCAAAAUCAACAGAUAUUGGAACCAGAGUUGACUACAAAAGGAAAUAACCUUAUAAAAAGUAACGUGAGACAGAUUUUGAAAAGCGUUACCUACUCGAGAAAUCUAGAUAUGGAUUUAGGAUUGGGCCUUUUGAACACUCUCAAACCACAAGACGCCAUCAGUUGGCUUGAAGACGCACUAAACAAUGUUGGAAUGAAUUAUCAGAAAUUAACAAAUGUAACUGAUCUUGGAUUGGUUUAUGUACGAUUAAACUACGACGCUUCUAGCGAUCUCUACGAUUCACUUAAAUCCACCAAGAACAAAUGUAUUUGGGGUAAAAAAAUAAUGAAAUACGGUUUUGCAUUUAAAGACGCUUUCUAUAAUUCUGAACUGGAUCAACGAAAUUUAUUGUUGAAAAUGAUACGAGCUCCGACUAUGACGUUAAAUGUCUUGGUCGAUUAUUGUAGUGAUACAAACUUUGAUUUGCAACAAUCUGCCAAAUUGUUUUUAGAGAAUUCUUUACUUCAAUGGGAAUCGUACGUACCGGACGAACAAGAAGAAAAAACAUUUGAUUGGAUUGCUAAAAUAAUUGAAGACAAAGAUAAUUUGUUGAAAAAAUGUGAAGAUAUUUUCAGUGUUUUUAUUGACAAAACGGACAUAAUAGAUUUCCUCUGGAACCACGUUUGGGACCAAGUUAAUAUUUACCAUUAUGAAGUGUUCUUAGUAAUAAUGGGACUGAUAGAAAAAUACGAUGUAGAUUCCGUAACGACAUACAAAGUGCAAAAAGAAAUCCUGUUGUUUCUCAUACAGUACAAGAGAGUGAGCGUACCCGAGGAACAUGAACAAGAAAUAUGGUCGGCCAUGUUUCAAGACACACAGACGUUGCCACCAGUUUCCAAGUAUCGAUUACCAUAUGUGCCACUCGCAAAUAAAAAGAAAAAGUUUGGCCAGCAUCGUGAAAUACACGUAUGGAAAAUAAUAAAGCCAGAACUAACGUUUGUAACAUAUGAAAAAUGGUUUUCCAUAAUUGAAGCCAUCGGAAUGGAGAAGGACACAUUGUGUAUCCUCACAGUAAAGCAUAUGGUUAACGAAGUAGCCGCGAGAGAGAAAAAUGUUGAAUGGUAUUUGCACAUGCGUUUAGAAUCGCUGUUGACGGACAUUCAAAAAGUUCUAAGCCAUGUGAAGAAUUUGGAAGUAGUAGCCGCUUCGCUUUAUUUUGUGGUCAACAAUUUACCCUUAGGUGCCGAUCAAUUGGAAGCGGCUAAAAUAUGCUACGCUCAAGCCCACGAAUGGCUUAAAAAAGAAAAUUCAGAAAACGCCAAAUCUGGUGUUGCAAAAGUUGUUACAAAGUAUUUAUCAAUUACGACUAAGCACGUAUUACACAAAUUUGGUUUUGGUAUACCGAAGUAUCUCCAACUGGCAUUGCAACCCGAUGAACUAAUAAGAGAGCUGUACAACGAUCCAAUUAUUUUAAAAAGACAUACUGGCGAAAUUAAGUCAUUUCCUAAUAUCAAUGGCGCUGUAGAUGCCAUCGUUGAAGUUCACGGAAAGGGAGGAUUAGCAAUUAAAGUGGACCUACUGAAGGAAUGGUUACAACCUUCAUCUUUAGAAUCGAUGGAUACUCCUACAAAAAAUUUGUCUAUGGCUAUGGGAAACUCGUUUUAUGCAAUCCAAGAGAACGUUACUAUAAGCGAAGGAGUAUUAAGAGCUUGUUAUCUGUUGGAAAAUGAUACAUCGGCAUAUAAUUUACACAACUUCCUUAUAUGUCAAGCAUACAAUGAAGAUGAAAGCGACUCGAUGUGUCCAUCCAGUGUACGAUUGAGAGCUUUGCAAUGUUUGUGCUUGGCAACUACCAAUAAUAUUGAAGAGAUAACGUGCCGAACUAGAGAAAUGAUGAAGAAUAAUUUAGUCGAACUGUCGAUAAUUACCGAACUAGAAACUCAGGGAAUCAACUUUUCCCCAGUGCGAUAUCGUGGCUGUGAUAAAUCCAAAUUAGUUCAGUCGUUACUCACCCGCAAAACGGCAAGUGCUACGAAAUUAGCGUCACAUUUAUGUGUACUUUAUUCGGACGUCAUGAACGCCAGUAUCUGGGAUACGUUGCUCACGAGACUGACUCAUUUCACGAUAAUUAGCGAAUUAGAAAAAGUCCUUAUACAUUUAAUGGACAAAUGGCAUCAACUAUCAUUCGAAAUAGUAGAGAAAGCGUGGAAUACACUUCUGAAGUCGUCCUUCAACAAUGCCAAGGAUUCGUACGAAGUCACGCGUUGUGUGAAAUUGGUUUUCAGUUGUCCAGUCAUUAAUAGUAUCGAAUUAGAACAAAUUAUUGAACAUUGUGAACGAAUGCAACUUACAAAGUUUGUGCAGAAGCUGAAAUGUUUGUGUUAAUCCUAACCCCCCCCCCCAUUACC